AUGGGUGUUUUCGGUCGAACACCUCUUGCAAGCUGCCCAGCGACCCGGCACUGCGCAGAAUGGGCCCGAAUCUACUUGAAGUACUGCUUGUGCAGCCAGAAGGAAGGUGCUGCCCUGGCACUUGGGCUAAUCAGUGUCAUAAGCUGGGGCCUAGCCGAGGUGCCACAGAUAAUAACAAAUUACAGACAGAAUUCAACAGAAGGACUCUCUGUCGCCUUCCUUAUGACCUGGAUUGUUGGGGAUUUGUUUAAUCUUGUUGGCUGCUUCCUCGAACCUGCUACUCUGCCAACUCAGUUCUACAUGGCGUUGCUAUAUACCAUCACAACUCUGAUUCUUACUGGACAGACGCUAUACUAUAGCCACAUCUACCAUCGCCUUAAAGCAAAAAAAUCCAGGGAAGCUAGCAAGCCUCACGGUGAUGCUUCAUUACGCGAAAAGCUUUUGGGAGCCAAGGACGGUGCGGCAUCCAGAAACAAUGAGUCAGAUGCUGCAAUCCUUAUUCCAAGCUCACCUAUUCCUGUUAAUACGAAAUAUGUCGACCAAUACCAUGGAAGCAGCCCCAGUACCGACUACUACUACAUGUCGGCAAGAUCCUUGUCCAGUAGUCCAGUGCCAACUGCUGGUACAUGGUUGGGCAGUAAUCGUCAAUCAUCAAGAACUCCUUCACAAACAAAUGAUCAAAGGGGAGCUUUAGUUGGUGAGAUCGCUCCAGCACAUUCUGCACCAUCUACUGUCACAAAAAAUGCCCUCUCAGUGGCACCAUGGAUGGUUCUUCUAUUGGGUAUGUGUCUCUUGCACAUUUUGGUUGGAAACACACAUAAGGAAAUGCCAAGUGGAACUGUCAUACCAGUUGGAAGAAGGCUUUUACUGUUUGUGGAUGAUCAUGGAAAUUCAUCUCUCAGCCAUGGCAGUGGAAGUGAAAUUGGAAGCUUUCUUGGUUGGGCUAUGGCAAUAAUUUAUAUGGGUGGGCGGCUUCCCCAGAUUUUGUUAAAUAUGCAAAGAGGCCACGCUGAGGGGCUGAAUCCAUUAAUGUUUACCUUUGCUUUAGUGGGAAAUUCAACAUACGUAGGAAGAAGUGAAGCUGAAAUGGGUACCUCGUACAACGGGCUCUGGGUAGCAGCGUCAUUGUUACCUGAAGGCCACCACUCGCACCCAGGACAGAUUUGGAGCGUCGUUUCAUUGGUUGCUGCUUGGAGGAAACUUGCACGAGAAAUGUACAUUCGUCAGAGGUUCAUGUUGACGCUUGCCAAACCACGGUUCCUUAAGACGUUUAGUACUGGAGCAGCUUGA